AUGACCAGAUCCAUUCCCCCGCCCAAACCUAGCAGCUCAUUCACCAACGUUCGCACUUUCACUUAUCAGUGCUCUCCUCUUCAGCCACGUAUCAUUCCCUUGCCCAGCUCCAGCUCCAGUAAUUCUCAACCUCCAGAGCAAGAGGAAAAGGUAGAUCUUGAACAGGAUAAAGAAUGCGAUAAAACUAUAUUACAGAUCGGUUCUACAAAGACACAUAAUUUAGCAAUGUUAACUAUCCCUUCUAUCAUCACAAUCACUUCCAACUCUUCUUCUUCUUCUUCUUCCUCUUCUUCUUCUUCUUCUUCCUCUUCUUCUUCUUCUUCUUUACCUCUUGGUACUGCUCCUAUCGUCGAAGCCGCAAAGCAGUCACAAUCGGAUCAGACUUCUCCCCUAUUACCAGCAUCUAAACAAGGAUUCGCCACGAAGAAAAUCGACAUCAACCCAUUCCCGUUGAGAGGAACCAAUACUUUCUCGUCAGACGUGAUAGCUUCAAUCCUUGAGAGUGACCGUGAAACAUUUUCAUUGAAAUUAGCAGGUACCUCCCCACCUACUGAUCAAAUGAAGAUCAAGGAAGAUCAACUUUAUUCACAGGACCUGAAUCCUGUUGAAUGGGGUGGGUGCCAAGAAAUGUUAUUUAAAAAAUUGCCAAAUACCAAAUUCGUUAAAUUCGGUGAUCAUGAUAACGAAAUGAAAGGAGAAAUGUUACUUGGAUAUAGAUUUGUCCAAGUCAUCAAGUCACUGAGAAGUGAUAUUAUAGUUGAAGAAGACGAGAUUGAGUGA